AUUCUAUUUACAUAUGUGUGGUAUAAAAUUGUUUUGUUGUUUUGCGUUGACUAUUAGAAAUUUUAAAAAUAAAAUCGGAGUUUAAAUUAAAUUUCGAUCGGACAAAAUAAAUUUAUUUUAAAAAAAAAAUAUCACUAAUUAUACUUGAAAAAUAAAAAAAAAAUAGAUAUCUGACAUCUGAUAAAAUAAUUUGCUUACUUGUCAAAUUACUUAUAUAUUUUAUUGUGACAAUAAAUUAUUAUUAAAAUUGACAUUCAAUAAAGCAUUGAAAGAAACAACAAAAUGACGCAAAGACCAGACGAUCAUCGGAGAAAAUGGAAUCGGGAGGAGUACGAGAGGAUGGCUCUCCAACGUCUACAAGAGGAGAUUGCCGAAGAAGAACUGGGUAUUCCUAAACAACCAGCUGUAAAACGAGAAUUACUUAAGCAGAGAGAUUAUAAAGUUGAUUUGGAAUCUAAGCUUGGCAAAAGUGUUGUCAUUAAUAAAAAUACACCUUCGUCUCAAACUGGCGGAUAUUACUGUAAUGUCUGCGAUUGUGUCGUCAAAGAUUCCAUUAAUUUCUUGGAUCAUAUUAAUGGAACCAAACAUCAAAGAAAUUUGGGAAUGUCUAUGAAAGUCGAAAGAUCGACAUUGGAACAAGUGAAGGCACGUUUUAAUGUAAAUAAAAAGAAAUUGGAAGAAAAGAAGAAAGAUUAUGAUCUUGAGCAACGAGUUAAAGAAUUAAAAGAAGAGGAAGAAAAAAUAAAAGAGUACAGAAAAGAAAAAAGAAAAGACAAAAAACGUAAGAUAGAAGAAGCUAAUGAAGAAGAAACUGGUAGUGGUGGUGAUGAAAUGGCAGCAAUUAUGGGAUUCUCAGGAUUUGGAUCAAAGAAAAAAAAAUAAUUUAUUAGUUUAAUUAUAAUGUUUUAAAUAUUAUGACAAAUUUAUUAUUCUAUUAAUAAUGUUUUACAUUUUUUUAAACGUCAAUAUCACAAA